AACUUGGAAGUCACCUUCUCUUGUCUAUUUCUCUGGUUUUCAGAGUUAUUGCCUUAUCAAUUCAAAUCUUUUGCUUUUGAAGUGUUUGGUUCCUAAAAAAGCCAAUAUGGGUUUGGAACUAUCUCCGACGAGUCCAGCCGGAAAAUGGCUGGGAUUCGUGACCGCCGUCUGGGUCCAAGCCAUCUCCGGCAACAACUACACCUUCUCAAACUACUCCGACGCACUCAAGUCCCUCAUGGCUCUGACCCAACUCCAACUCAACAACCUCUCCGUCGCCAAAGACGUCGGCAAAGCAUUCGGCCUCCUCGCCGGCCUCGCCUCCGACCGCCUCCCCACCCCUCUCCUCCUCCUCAUCGGUUCCCUAGAAGGCUUCGUCGGUUAUGGCGUCCAAUGGCUUGUCGUCAGCCAAAAAAUCAAGCCUCUUCCUUACUGGCAGAUGUGUAUCUUUCUGUGCAUGGGAGGGAACAGUACAACAUGGAUGAACACUGCAGUGCUGGUGACCUGCAUUCGAAACUUCCGCAAAAACAGAGGACCCGUUUCGGGGAUUCUAAAAGGGUAUGUGGGUUUAAGCACCGCCAUAUUCACCGAUCUCUGCACAGCUCUGUCCUCCUCCGACCCUUCAACUUUCCUUCUCAUGCUCACAAUCGUCCCCUUCCUCGUCUGCCUCACCGCCAUUCUCUUCCUCCGCGAAAUCCCACCUUCCUCCACCGCCGGCGAAGACAAAGAAGAAGCUCGGUACUUCGGAAUCAUCAACGCCGUCGCCGUCGUCGUCGCCGUCUAUCUCUUGCUAUUCGAUGUCACCGGAGCUCACAAUCGUUUAAUUUCUCAGUCAUUCGCAAUCAUCCUUCUAAUCCUCUUAGCUUCUCCAAUUUCAAUCCCGCUCUACAUCGCAACCCAGAAUUGGAUUCGAUCUAAUUCCGAAUCAAAUUCGGACCUCGAGGGGGUUGUGACUGAACCGUUGCUGGGUAUGCCGGAGAAAGAGAAGACGGCGACGGAGGCUGCGGUGGCGGUGGAGAGGAGAGCGCCGGUUAUCGGAGAGGAUCACACGAUAAUUGAGGCGUUGAGGACGGUUGACUUCUGGGUAUUGUUUGUGUCGUUUCUGUGCGGAGUUGGGACUGGUUUGGCGGUGAUGAAUAAUAUGGGGCAGAUGGGUCUGGCUCUCGGGUACGUGGAUGUAUCCAUAUUUGUAUCGCUCACCAGCAUUUUUGGGUUCUUCGGGCGGAUCAUUUCGGGUUCGGUUUCGGAGUAUUUUAUCAAGAAAGCUGGAACACCAAGGCCUCUUUGGAAUGCUGCUUCACAAAUUCUAAUGGCUGUUGGUUACAUUCUGAUGGCCAUGGCCUUGCCUGGUUCACUAUACAUUGGCUCAAUAAUUGUUGGGAUAUGCUACGGUGUCCGUCUUGCUGUCUCUGUUCCGACUGCCUCUGAAUUAUUCGGCCUCAAAUAUUAUGGUCUCAUCUACAACAUUCUGAUCCUCAACCUCCCCCUCGGCUCCUUCCUCUUUUCAGGCCUGCUUGCCGGUUUUUUAUACGAUGCAGAGGCGACAACUACCGCUGGAGGGGGAAACACAUGUAUCGGUGCCCACUGUUACAGGCUUGUGUUUAUUGUCAUGGCUAUUGCUUGCGUUGUAGGGUUUGGUUUAGAUGUUUUGUUGGCAUUUCGGACAAAGAGCAUCUAUGCCAAGAUUUAUGCAAGCAAGAAGUCGAAGAAAUCAAUAGCUGUGUCUAGUGUCCACUAAACACUAAUGAUAGGGAUACAGAAACCAUUUGCAGAACCGUUCAGUAUUCUUUGGAGACGGGUGUGGCCGGUUCUCAUGGUUCUGUGUAUGCAGUAUUACUGACUGGUAAAUGCUUAGAACGACAAGCGAAAAUGAAGAAAAUAGGUAUAUAGGAUUGAUGGGUACUUUUAUACCCAGUGAUAUCCUAGCUGAGUAUUUGGUAUUAAGUCAUCUCUAAGAAGUAUUGUUGUAUUGCUUUGUGUAUGAAUUGAAUUUUAAAAUAAUUCUCAAGCUCCAAAUUGUAAUUGGUUUGUUUGUUUUGUUUAGAUAAGUUCAAUGCAUUCUUCUAAUACAGAUUUCAGUCAACA